UUUCCGUAUACAUUAUCAACUUCAGUCGAUCCCCCUUGACUAUUAUUGGACUGUCCCUAAUGAGACACGAAGACGUCACAGAAUGCCAUGGUUAUAGAUAGAAUGGGUUAUCAGCUGCAGUAACACUUCCGGGUACACCAAGCACCAUGCCUUGUCCUGUCACUCCGAGCACUGCGGCUUGAGAAAGGGACGUGAGAACUUAGAAACGAUCACUAGAACAACUGGAGUUUGUCGUCCAUCGAUCGAGGCUCCGUGGAUAUUUUGAGAAGUUCGGCGGAGUUGUUUUACGUCGUGAGCAGAAUAGUGAUUAUAACGUUGUAGAUCAACACACUGUCACAGCAAUGCGCCGGGACUCACCAAAACACUCGAAAGCACCCAGAGACAUGGGAGAGCUAGCCGAGUUGCCAGUCGACUCUGGGAACGAGAAGGAGGUGCCACAGACACCCUCGUCCACACAUCCACUCACAGAAUCGCAUGAUCAUCACCAUGACAAACAUGAUUGCAGACACAAGUUGAAACAUAUCCUGGAGCGGCAGUCUGUGCACAUCACCGUUGUGGUGCUGAUCUUGCUGGACACGCUCAUCGUCAUCCUGGAGCUUCUGAUUGACGUGCGCGUCAUCAAGCUGUGCCCGGACCCGCCCAACGUCUGUGUUCCCCCCGCCCGGGCGGCACACAAUGGGACGGGCCACCUCAACCACUCGUACCCGCCUACUCACUCUAAAGGGCACGCGGGAGUUCUAAAUGUUACUACUCUGUAUACAGGGCUGGUGACGACAGGUGCACCUGACCAUCACGUGAUCGGCGCAGGGGAUCACGGGACGGGUGGACACGAGGAAUGCCAUCAUGUCUUCAUAGAAGUUCUUCACGUCGUCAGUAUCCUCAUCUUGUGUACGUGUCUGCUUUCUUGAUUCUCGAAAUUUUUAUUCGUUUUUAUUUUCUACCCACUUUGUAAUGAUUUUAGUUCAUUGCUACCCACCUGCUAACUGUUGUGAAAUUUGAAGUGAAAAUAGGUCCCAUGUCGGAUAAAAGGUAUGAAAUUUGCAGUUUCCCCGGUUUUGAGUGUUAAAGAUGUAUUUUCAUCGGUUUGGAUGUUGGAAUAGCAUCAGGGUGAUGAUGAUGAUGAUAAAUAUAGUAAUGAUAACGACGAUGAUGAUGUUGAUAAAGAUGAUAUUGAUA